ACCUGGGGAAAGAAAAGUUCCUUUCAGAGUCCGUACCGUGUGAAUACAGGAUUAGUGGGUGGGAUUGAGGUGUGCUCAGGUGCAUAAAUAGAGGUGUGGGCUGAGCCAGCAUACUAGGAAGCUUGGACUGCAUCGAGGCCGCCUGGCUCACACAGACAGGUGGGUGGGGAGAUCCAGAUUUGCCAUGGAGAAGAUUCCAGUGUCAGCAUUCCUGCUGCUGGUGGCCCUUUCCUACACCCUGGCCAAAGACACCACAGUCAAACCAGGAGCCAAGAAGGACACGAAGGACCCUCAGCUCAAACUGCCCCAGACCCUCUCCAGAGGUUGGGGGGACCAACUCAUCUGGACCCAGACAUAUGAAGAAGCUUUAUACAAAUCCAAGACAAGCAAUAAACCCUUGAUGAUUAUUCACCACUUGGAUGAAUGCCCACACAGUCAAGCUUUAAAGAAGGCAUUUGCUGAAAAUAAAGAAAUCCAGAAAUUGGCGGAGCAGUUCGUCCUCCUCAAUCUAGUUUAUGAAACAACUGACAAGCACCUUUCUCCUGAUGGCCAAUACGUGCCCAGGAUUUUGUUUGUUGACCCAUCCCUAACCGUUAGAGCUGACAUCACUGGAAGAUACUCAAACCGUCUCUAUGCUUAUGAACCUUCAGACACAGCUCUAUUGCUCGACAACAUGAAGAAAGCUCUCAAGUUGCUGAAGACUGAACUGUAGAGAAAACACAAAAUCUGCAAGAUCCACCCUUUGUGUUGGGCCUUGAGACUGGGAACCAGAGGUGGUUUUGGAAAACUAUGGAGAAGGCUGAAGCACUGGUGAACCUACUGAUUAGAUGAUGGUUUCAUGUUACAACAGCUUUUUGUAAAAAAAAAGAAAAAGGUUUUACAUAUACAUGUAUGAAAAUAAUAUCAUAUGCUUCCAUAGUGAGCCAUGAUUUUUAAAAAAAUAAAUCCUUUUAGGGGGUGUU